UUCAAAUUAGACUCAAUAUUGAUUACAAAGUACGUACGCCGUAGUAACUAACUGGUUACCUGCGGCAACUAUGUCAACUAGAACAAGAUAGCUUCGCAUCAUCAUUCCUGUUCAUUCAUGCAUUCCCCCUUUCAUGGUAUCUCCCUGCAUCCAGCCACCGCUGAUCCUUAUCCUCUUUGCUUCUUUAACCCCAAUCUCCCCACCAUGAUUCUCCGCACUCUUCAUCCGCCCUCGCUUUGAGUGUCGACACUAAUUCUCCGUCAUGCUGCUUGAUCAUCUCUGGCUGGCGUGCCUCACGUUGCUCGUGGCUGGGGCCGCUGCCGUCAAGGUCAAUCCCUUACCAGCUCCACGAAACAUCACUUGGGCUUCGUCGGGUCCUAAGCAGCUGGCCGACUUCGUUAGUCUCCGUACCUCCCGGGACACUUCCGAUUUCAUUCUGGCCAAUGGAUGGAAUCGUGCCUGGAAUUCUAUCGUCUCCCUACAAUGGGUACCUGCAGCAACCGAAGGUCCCGUGCCGUCUUAUCAACCCUUCCCCACCGGUACGGCCGGGGCUACUAAAAGGUCCCCGCAAGCACUGCCAUCACUCCAAUUUGUUGAUGUGAACGUGUUGGAUGUUGCCGCAGAUCUUCAGCAUGGGGUAGACGAGUCUUACACCCUGGAGGUCACCGAGAGCUCUACCUCGGUGGUCAUUGAGGCUCCCACCGUGUGGGGGGCGCUCCAUGCCUUUACCACUCUCCAGCAGCUGGUCAUCUCCGACGGACAGGGUGGUUUGAUCAUCGAACAGCCAGUUAAGAUUCAGGAUGCACCGCUCUAUCCUUACCGGGGUAUCAUGCUUGACACUGGCCGAAACUUUAUCUCAGUUAACAAGAUAUACGAGCAGCUGGACGGCAUGUCUCUUUCCAAAUUAAAUAUUCUACACUGGCACAUGGAAGAUACCCAAUCAUGGCCCGUGGAGGUUAAUGCCUAUCCAGAAAUGAUUUAUGAUGCCUACUCUCCUCGCGAAGUAUAUUCGCAUGCUGAUAUGCGCAAUGUCGUGGCCUAUGCGCGAGCACGUGGUGUACGGGUCAUCCCCGAGAUUGAUAUGCCCAGCCAUUCCGCCUCUGGGUGGAAGCAGGUCGACCCCCAGAUGGUAACCUGCGUGGACUCCUGGUGGUCCAAUGAUAAUUAUGCCCUGCAUACCGCGGUAGAGCCCCCGCCCGGCCAUAUGGAUAUUAUUUACAACGGCACGUAUGAUAUAGUCCGACUGGUCUAUAAUGAGCUGUCCGAAAUCUUCCCAGACAACUGGUUCCAUGUUGGGGCGGAUGAGAUCCAGCCGAACUGUUUCAACUUCAGCAGCUACGUCACUGAGUGGUUUGCGCAGGAUCCGUCGCGAACUUAUAAUGACCUAGCCCAGUACUGGAUUGACCAUGCUGUGCCGAUCUUCCAGAACUACAGUACCUCGCGGCGACUGGUCAUGUGGGAAGAUAUUGUACUAUCCACAGAACAUGCACAUAAUGUUCCCACGAAUAUCGUGAUGCAAAACUGGAAUAAUGGCCUGGACUAUAUCAAUCAACUGACUGCCAAGGGCUACGACGUGAUUGUAUCAUCAGCGGAUUUUAUGUAUCUGGACUGUGGGAUAGGAGGUUUUCUCACAAAUGACCCUCGCUAUGAUGUAAUGAAUAAUCCCGAUGCAAGCACUCCCAACUUUAACUAUGGUGGCAACGGAGGCUCGUGGUGUGCGCCGUACAAGACAUGGCAGCGGAUCUAUGACUACGACUUCACACAGAAUUUGACCGCUACCCAGGCUCAACACAUUAUAGGCGCAGAGGCACCGCUCUGGUCAGAGCAAGUGGAUGAUGUGACGGUAUCCAGUCUAAUUUGGCCGCGUGCCGCUGCGCUGGCGGAGCUGGUGUGGUCUGGGAAUCGUGAGAACGGGCAGAAGCGCACGACGCUGAUGACCCAGCGCAUCCUGAACUUCCGCGAGUAUCUAGUGGCCAACGGGGUGCAGGCGACAGCCCUGGUCCCCAAGUACUGUGUGCAGCGUCCGCAUGCCUGCGACCUGUACCUCAACCAGAGUGUGAUCCAGUAAACGGGAUGGUAAGAGCAGCUGGCAGCGUAGUAUCUAAGCUGACAUAUGGGAUCGAUGUGUAAAUAAUAUAAGUUGCAGGCGA